UUCCGUUACCAGGGGCAACCGUUUAACCAUACAAACUGUUUUCUUUUCUGGUGAGGUUCGCACCGUAAGUCGCACCUCGUUCCCUGGGCUGAACAACGAUGGGAGAAGAAUUCGGAAAGUCUGGCCUUUUUAUCGACGACCUAUAUGCCCUGCGUGUCAUCGAUCCGGAAGUGGCCAACGAAACGAAUGAGCUGAAGGACGAAUGUGAACAGUUCACCGACAAGCUGGCCGAGUUCCGGCGGAUCAUUGACCAGUUUGCCAACAUCAUCGAAACGUUUGCGGUCGAGGUGGACCAGGAAAAGAUGCGUGCCGUCGGCGUGCAGAACAUGCUGAAAACGUUUUCGAAGCAACGUGAAUCGGAACAGCAGCAGAUACAGAGUGAAAUCAUUGAAAAGAUGGUGGAGCUUGAUAAGCUCAAGAUUGAGUACCAGUAUCUGCAGCGUGUCGAGUCGGAACAGCAGGAAAUGAUCGAUACUUUCUACCAACAUCAGUAGCGGACCACCCACGCUGCCACCUCUGGGAAUGCUGGAAGUGUGACUUAUUAUCAAUGGACUUACU